AUGGAGGACGAUUGGUUAUCAUUGAAUACGGAUGUAGAAAGAAUCAUUCUACAACGUCACACCGCAUAUGGACGAUACAUCACGCUAACAUAUGGAAUCUUCAUGCAGUUCCUGGGAAUCCUUCUCAUCUCGAAGUCAGUCGUGGUGAUGCUGCUGGAGGAUACUUCGGAUGCGACGAUAUCUUCUCUAGUGGCGGAAGCGAAACUACCUCUUCGCGUGGAAUAUGGAGAAACGUUAAACCAAUAUUUGUAUCCGAUGGCGGUACAUUGUUAUCUAGCCGUAUUCUCCCACAUCAGCAUCACGAUCGCAGUUGAUUCUUGCUACAUCGCUCUGAUUCGGCACGCGUGCGGAAUGUUCGCGAUUGUUGGACACACGCUGGAAAAUAUUGGUAAAGACAGCAACGACAAUUUUGAUCUGAAACCCGACAAGGUAAACGACGAUAAUUACAACAGAACUUUCGGCUGUCUGCGCAAGCAUCUGCAUGUGAUACAAUUCGCGGAAUUGAUUGAGUCUACGUUCACAAAUAUAUUCCUAGUCAGCGUUUGCCUGAAUAUGAUUGGCGGUAGUAUGAUUGGCAUUCAGGUGGUCUUAAACUUAAACGACGCAAAGGAUAUCGUAGAACCCUUUGCUAUUUAUAUCGCGCAACUCAUUCAUCUCUUCCUACAAUUCUGGCCAGCUCAAUUUCUAUUAGAUUACAGUAUCCUUCCUUACGAAUCAAUUUGCAGAUCAAAUUGGUAUUACACUUCAAGAAGAUGUCAAAAACUUCUUUUUUUAAUCAUGAAUAGGAGUUUGUUACCAUGCAAAAUAACUGCUGGUAAGAUCGUGCCUUUGACUAUUGAAAACUUUGGCGCGGUUCUAAAAACAAUGAUGUCUUAUUUCACGAUGCUACGUUCCUUCAAAUGA